AUGCAGACAACAACAGCUGCGAAUUGGAAUCAAGCCAUCUUCCUGCGGCUGCAAGAACGCGAUGCUCUCGAAAAGCAGUACGAUGCCGUCUGCCUACACUAUCGAAAGCUUGCGGAUCAAACACGUCUGCUCAAGCAGCGCAAUCGUGCUCUUUUGAACGCCGCUGCUGCUGCGCCAUCGGCAUCGACUGUUGGCGCCUCAACGUCUGCGGCCGAUUCGCCUGCCUCGAGCGCCGCAGUAAAUCCCGUACAGCUCGCAUACAUCACCUCGCUCGAACAGCAGCUCUCCACGCUCCGCGACGAAGUUGCACUCCUGUACAAGAAUCAAGGGCAGAACGCACAACGUCUGCUGCUCAUGAGCGAGUCGCACCGCGACAAGGAGGAAGAAGCAAGACGACAGACAGAAACGCUGGCCAAACUUCAGCUCGACCACGAAAAGCUCAGACGACAAGCAGAUGAUCUCAGCCACGCCGUGGGAGAGAAGGAUAGAGGGAUCCAGAUCCUGCAGGAUGAGCUGGCGACGCUGAGUCUCGAGCUGAGUCAGAUCGAAGCGAGGAAUGAGGAUCUGAAGAAAGACAAUGCCAGCCUGCUGCAACGCUGGCUGGAUCGCAUGAACGAAGAGGCAGACAAGAUGAACGAGGGGACUAUCUGGCUGGAGGAGGUGCGAAAGAGGAAAGAGGGAUCGGCGCCGCCAGAGUUGAGAGCGGCAGCUGCUGGCGCUGCCAGCGUGCCGUCGCCUACUUCUGCUAGCAAGCCUUGA